AUGCAGGUUGGUGCUUCACUUGCUUUUGUCAUUCAUGAAUCAGCAAAUCCUCAUAUCGCUGUCUUGGGGCGUCUUCCAGGCACUACUGUUUAUAGAAAUGUUCAACAGUAUCCAGAAGCAUAUACAUACAAUGGGAUUGUGAUUGUUCGAAUUGAUGCACCUAUUUAUUUUGCCAACACUAGUUACAUAAAAGACAGGCUACGGGAAUUCGAAGUUGAGGUUGACAGAUCUACAAGACAUGGGCCAGAAGUUGAGAGAGUUUAUUUUGUAAUUAUUGAGAUGGCACCGGUUACAUAUAUAGACUCCAGUGCUGUUCAAGCUGUGAAAGAGUUGCAUCAGGAAUACAAGUCACGGGACAUCCAGAUAGCCAUUGCCAACCCAAAUCGAGAAGUUCUGCUGACUUUAGCAGGUGCUGGUGUUGUGGAUCUGAUUGGUAAAGAGUGGUACUUCGUGAGAGUGCAUGAUGCUGUUCAAGUUUGCCUUCAGCAUGUCCAACGCUUAAAUGAGUCACCCAAGAUCCCAGAAGUGUUGGUGGAGAAUAAGCCAAGCAUUUUCCAGAGGUUACUUGAUCAGAGAACGGAGGAUUUCUCUAAAGCUGAGUUGGAGUCAAGUGGUGGGCAUUCUCUCAUCUCCAAAGAUGCCGACCCUAAGCUGGAGCCACUGUUGUGGCGGAAGUCUUGA